AUGCCAAAAAAUCGUGAAUCUGAAAAACCACUCGUGUCGGAAUCGGAAUCCGAUGAGGAUGAUGAUGAAGUUUCAUCCGAAGAAGUUGGAUCUUCUGGUUCUGAUUCCGAACCUGAUCAAACACCGACUCAGAGUGCAAAAAAUCCCCCGACAGCGCCAGGCCCUAAGAAACCCCAACCGCAGCCGGUGUUGAAACCUCCGAAUCCUUCAUCUUCGUCCGAGGAGGAAGACGAAGAAUCCGGAUCCGAACCAGAGUCUGACACCGAUCCAGUCAACUCGAAUUUGAAGCCCCUGAUCUCGAAGCCAAUGGACGAGCCACAAAAGCCAACUAUUAGCGCUGCUGCUAGGAAGCCUAGAUCCAAGCCUUACGUUUCGAAGCCCAGCACUCCGGUGAAGUCUGCUGGCGCUAAACGUCCUGCAGAGGAGGAGAAAGAGGCCGAGGCUAAGGACAACAAGAGGUCAAAGAAGAAACUUUCGGCUGAGACUUCGGGUAAAACGCCGAGUACUAGUAACGAUGAUUCGAAGAAACAAUUGUUCCAGAGGCUGUGGAGCGAGGAUGAUGAAAUUGUGGUUCUCAAAGGCAUGAUUGAUUAUGCGUUGGAAAAAAAAUCUGACCCAGUUGCUGAUUUGAAUGAUUUUCAUGAUUUUAUUAGGAAGAACCUACAUGUGGAUGCGACUAGGACUCAGUUGCAAGAUAAAAUUAGGAGGCUGAAAAAGAAGUACGAGAACAAUAAGAGUAAAGAGAAGGAGGGCAAAGAGAGGACCUUAAAAGCCCACGAGCAAAAAGGUUACGAUUUGUCAAAAAAGAUAUGGGGCAGUCAGAACGACAAUGGAAGUGUGGUAGAGAAAGCAGUGGGGAUUCCUAAAGCGAAUGGGACUACUACGAGGGAGAUUCCUGAUAAGGGGUUUAAUAAGGUUGAAAAUAGCAAUACCCACGAAGUGAAGAGUUUGGAUGUUGCGAAUGCUGAUGUGGAGAUGACGGUCAGGAGUUUCAGUGCAGGGAGUAAUAAUGGUAUGAGCAUGAGGGAGUGGAUUUUGAUGGCCGGGGCAAAAUUUUUUGAAGGUGAAAAUAAAAUUGAGGGGCAUAAAGAGUGGAGGAAGCUGCGAGUGGAGGAGAUUGAGCUUGAGGAGAAGAAGUACGACGUGAUGCGAGCUCAGACCAAGCUGGUUUUGAAUGUUAUGAGGGCGACAGAUCACUGA